UGGCGAAUCGUCGGUCAGUACCGGUGAGUUGAUCCUGAGACGUUCAUCGAUUUUUCAUUACCGAAAGAAAAAUGAUUAAAAAUAUUGUCUAUGCUCUUGUCACUGUGUGUCUGGUGGCUGCCAUCAACGCUGGAGAAAUUCCGGAAGAAUUCAGGGAAAUUGCACCUGAGGUGCGGAGGGUCUGUCUCGAGGAAACUGGGGCUGAAGUUGAGUGGAUCGAGAAAGCAAAUAAGGGAGAAUUUACUGAUGACCAGAAAUUCAAAUGCUACCUGAAAUGUACAGUCGCCCAAUUCGGUGCAGUCUCGAGGAAAGGAGUGAAUUUCGAUGCUCUGGCGAAAUUAGCACCACCAGCUUACAAGACAAAACUAGAACAAAUCGUAGCUGCGUGUAAAGACACGAAGGGAACUAAACCAGGAGACGUCUGUGAUCAGGUCUACGAAGUCAGCAAAUGCUUCUACAGGACAGCUCCAGAUGUUUACUUCGUCAUGUAAAUGAUGCGUGAUCUCGGCUGACCUAGACAUUGUGGUACAGAUAAAAGGAAGAAAAUGACGUUCAGGGGAA